UUGAAGUGUAUUUUUCGGUGUUUGCAGUACAAAAUAGUGAAAAAAGAGGAGAUCCAAGAACCAGUACCGGAGGAGCCUGACAAUCCUCUCAUGCGGAAGAAGAAGACCCCAGAAGAGCUGGCACGAGAGGCCGAGGAAGCCGAUCAGGAUGAGUUCACCAAACUGAAGAACACAAUAGAAACACAAGUGAACGAGUUGAAAACACAGAUUGAAAGCAAGUGCUUACUGCAGUGAAUCCGGCCCAACUUUGAUCGCCCGCCAUCUUGUAGACAAAAUUCACCAUAGAGAAAAUAUUAUAAAAAUUGUUAGUAACGACCAAUCGGAGCAAGGAACGGAACAGAGCACACUGCUGCAGGAGAGAGACAAACUGCUUCUAAAAUCCGCAUCAACUUUUGAAGAAUAAAACAAUAACAAACCGCAGCAGCAGCUGUAAUUGAUCAGCUGAUUUUCGAACAGCUGAUUUUCGAACGGCUGAUUUCCAAACAGCUGUUAUUAUAGUUCAACAUUGAUGUUUAAAACAAGAGACUGGCUAAGCUUGAUAGCUUGUGUAAAUAGAAAAAAAUUAUUUAACCAAUAUAGGUUAGGCCAAAAUUAUUGUUAUUAUUGGAAGGCUAUACUCAUAAAAUUAAUUUGCUUACAAUGUAAUAUAUGUAAGCUACUACAUGUUUACAUGGGAGAUGAUAAUGAUAGCCUCAGUAAGGGAUGUUGAAAAAAAACAAGGUGCAGUCAACUUUAAGGAUAAUUCUUUCAAGGAAUAUUCAAAACUAUAGACAAUAUCAGUGUGCUGAUAAAAAAGUUCCACAUGACUUAGCUGCGUUUACACCAAAGUUAUGACCAGAAUAUUUAUUUCUCUGUCCUUAUAAAUUAUAUUAGAUUGAACAUAACUUAUCAUACACAUGAUGAACAUAUGUGUUUGUUAAGUUCUGUUAAAUCUAAUAGAAUCUAUAAGGACGGAAAAAUAAACAUUUUGUGAUUAGCUUUGGUGUAAACGCAGCUUUAGUUGUAACGUAAGCUUCAAGAUGUGUAGUGACUUUUGGGUCACUCUGUAUACUUGAUAGAUUUUUUCAACUUAUAUCAUGAGAAUAUAACUCGGAGGAUAUUACCUCAACGUAUUAUUAUAAAAAAGAUUCAACCUACACUUUUACAAAAAAUAUAUAUUUAUUCAAGGAGUAGAUUACUAAUGAAGCUUCUGAUCUCAAAAUAUCUGCCUCUCAAUAUUUUGAAACAAAAAAUUUUGAAUUUUUUUUGCUGGUUGAGGGGACUAGACAAGUUGACUGCAUUCUUGAACAUUUUUUUGAAUGGAAAUUUCAGUGUUAAACUUCUUGAAAUUUCAAGACAAUAUACUUUUAAUUAAAUUCAUUGUUGAAAUACAUUAUUGUUUCAUAAUAGACUUCUUAUGAUAAAAAUUAUAUUAUACAGUUGAUGAAGUAGAUGAUGAUAAUAAGAGCAAAACUAAAGCAAUAGAAGAUUCUUUCCAAGUUAAUUAAAUAUAUAGAUGUGGAAAAUUUUUAUAAGGGUUUUCACUAUAGAUGUACAGUUCAAAGACAACGAAUUCUAUAUGUUUUUCAUUGAUAUGUAACUGUUUUUAAAACCUCAUUUUCUCAUUUUUAAACUUCUCAAUUGGUUGAGUUUGGUAUCUGUGUAAAGGAAGAGUGAUUCUCUUGAAAUGAGACGGAAAAUGUGAAAUAUCUUCAAAAUUUAAAUUUCUCAAGCUACAUAAAUUGUGCUGUGGAAUGUUUUGUAACGCACUUAUUAAAGAAAAAUUAUAAUACUUUUUCUAAGUUAUAAUUAAUUGUCAUCCAUUCUGAAUAAAAUAGAUUCAUAGCAUCUUGGAAAUGCUUCAAUAACAUUGAUCUAAAUGGAAUAUUUCCUUCAAGAUUUAUAUGGUUCAAAAAUUAACUAUAAAUUAAGUACAAAGUAAUUCUACAGAUCGAAAAGUUAAAAUCAUUACAGAGUUAAUACUUUCAAUUUCUAGAGGAUCAAGCAUUGAUCUAGUUCUGUGGAGAAUGAGAACGGAUGAAUUUUAAUGAUAAAAAUUCAUAGUUUAAAAAUUUAGUUCCAUAGUUUUAAAAUCUAUGGAUACCGGUACUUAACUGUUAUACUGUUAUCAGGUCAACUAACAAAAUCUAUUUGAUUUGACAACUAAAGCUGCGUUUACACCGGGGUUGAUAACACGAGUUAUUAACAAAAAGUUAUUAACUUAACUGAAUGGACAAAAAUAUUUAUCUUAACAAAAGUUAAGGUAAUAAUUUGUGUUUUUAACCGAAAAUUCCUUGUUAUUGAAGAAAAUGUUAUAAGCUCAUAUGUUAAUGACUUUUGUUAUUAACAUCAGUGAAUAACAAGAAUUUUAAAACGUUUGUUAUUAGAGCAACUCCGGUGUAAACCCAGCUUAACAAUUCUAGAUAAUUAAUUAUCGUUUGUUUUAGAUUUGAUUGAUUUUUUUGUAAACCACAAUUUGCAAUUAUUGUGAUUCUAAUUUUUCGAAUAAUUUAAUUGUGAAUUUAAUUAUUCAAAAUUUAUCAUAUGAAAAUGACAUUGUAAUGCUAAAUAAUUUAUUAUUUCUUUCAAACCUGUUAAAAAUGUUGAUGUUGUAGUAAAUAGAUGAGAUGGACGAUUCUUAAAAAUUUGAAAAUUUCAAUUUUUCGAAUCCCAUCGUGGCUCAGCUCAGGAAGCAUAUUUUGAGUGGUUGUAACGCCGAAAAUUUGUACAAAAUUGUAAAAAAUGUUUAUUAAUAAUUGUGAUCACUAUAUUGUACAUUAGAAUCUGGAUAUUCCUGUAAGUGUACUCAUAACGAUUGGUGUGUUUAUAAAGCAGUUAUUAUGAUUAAUCCAUUGUUAAGCACAGGAAAAAACAAAAAUCGUUUAAAAUAUUUGUGUUAAUUUGUUCGAAUCUCAAUGUUUUCAAUUUAAACUGUUUCAAAAUUAUCUGAAUAUUCAUUGAUGUAUAUUGAGAAUUUUUGAAGUUAAAUUCAGAUUUAAUUCACAACAAACUAUGUAAAUAAGUAGAUAAUACAUUCAAAUCAGCUGCCAUGUUGGUCUGUGUUUCAAACAUAAUUAUUGUACUAAAUCUUUGGGUACAAUCAUAGCAAUCAUCAUCUAAUAGAGAUUAAAGUUGGCUAUGGUUUGUUAAAUUCUACGGUAUCAAGUUUUUAGCAUGAUAUAGGCCUAUUAUGUUCAUCUUGUAAGCAUAUAAUAUGGAUGACUACCAGGAAACCCGUGCGCCUCAAUGGUCUAUUUUGAAACUUGACGUAAUGAAAUCUUGAAGAAUUGGAAAUAGGCCUGUAACCAACCUCGGUUAAUAAAGAAUCUAUAUACAAAAUUUCAAGUUAAUCAGUCCAGUAGUUCAGACGUGAGAAUGCGUCAUUCGUAAUUUCCCUAUCAUGUACGUGUAUGAGCCAAUUCUUUUCUUUAUUAUAUACACACUAUCAGGUAACCCGUGCUCCGCAAGAGUCUAUUUUGAAACUAGACAAUCUGAAAACUUGAUGUAAUGAAAUCUUGAAGAAUUGAAAAUAGGCCUGUAACCAACCUCGGUUAAUAAAGACUCUAUAUUAAACAGAAUUUCAAGUUAAUCAGUUGAGUAGUUGAGACGUGAUGAUGCGUCAAACAUAAUUUUCCUUUCCCGUACGUGAAUGAGCCAGUUUUUCCCUCCAUUAUAGUAUAGAUUAUUAUCAAACGAAAAUCCAAAUUCUGUAAAUAAUCCAUUCAAUAAUAAAUCAUUUAUCGAUUGGCAUUUGAAUGAAUGUAAUUUCUCAUCAAAUAAUUUUAUAAUUUUAAUAAUAAAUUUCAAUUAAUUCUAUUGAUCAGCAUUUGAAUAAAUGCAAUUUCGAUCUGCAGACAUAUUUAUUUCGUUCAAUUCAGGUGAAAUCCGAACCACAGGCAGCUGAUUUGAACCGCUGUACAGAUCGGUGUGUUUUGGCGACGUAUUAUUUGCAAAUAUUAUAUAAAUGUUGAGCAGGCUAUAGCAAUUUAUACAAUAGUUUUCCCUGCGUAUAAUAGAUACUCUUCGUUUAUAUUUUAUCUGUGUUGUUGAUAGUAUUUAUGAUAUAUAAUAUUAUAUAAAAUAAAUAAAUAUGUAAUUGUUGACCUCAUAAAAUUUUCUCCAGCUCAAUAAUGGAAGAAAAGUGAGGUGAAAAGUCAAAAAAUUGUGAUACCAACUUUCUAUAUUUAACAAUGUUUAAAUAAUAAAAUUGUUAACCGCUCCUGAAUCCAAAAAUAA